UAAAUAAUUUUAACAUUAAUGAAAUAGUUCAUAUUUUUUUAGCAUACUAUAAUAAUAUUAGCAUAUACAUUUGUGUAAAUGAACUCUUAUAAAUUUCUCUGGACUGAUAAGGAAUUGACGUGAACUUCACAUAAAGGUCUGUUCCACUACCAGUGUAUUAAUAUAUCAGAUGGUGGUGCAACUAUCCAUGCCCAGGUAAGAGGCGUACCGUUGUUUGCUUACAUCGGGCCCACUGUCUUUGUUAUGAGCACGUGCGCGCGCACCUGCGCCUCCUCCGACGCACAGGCAAAAAAAAAAUUAGAGGUGUAAAGUGGAUACCUUACCAUCCCACCUACCCCCUGUCGUCGUCACCCUUCGCUGAAGAAGCGGCAAGGCGGCUUUAAGGAGACAUUCCUCAUCAUGAGCUACAGACAGCCACAUCAGGUGUGAGGGUGGACGACGAAGACCAUUUUCUGAGUUUACUUGGACAGCUUGGUGCGAAGGACUAGGAAUCCUUGAUGCUGACAGAAGUUUGUUUCCUUACCAACAUCUUCAACAUCGAGAUAGUCAACAUAAAGCUCAACUUACAUCGCCGUUUAGUUCUCUCACGGACUAAGACCAAUUAUAGUAAAUUCAAGAAUACAGUCAAUAGAGAGCUGUCUAAACAUGUUGUCUUUUUUCCUGAUUUUCUUUGUAGGGCUGGUGUCAGAAAGCUGGUGCCUGAACUCGAACUGUAAAUCAAGUCAACUCUCCUGUACCGUCGCCAAAGCCGUCAGCAUUUCAGUUGCGGAGAACGCUUGCAGAUACACGCAGACAUACGCCAGCUGCAUAGACAGCAUCUUGUGGUCAACAACAGCCUGCGAUGAACUGUCUUCCCUAGUCCUAAGGAGCACGACCUACACAGACGUAGCCAACACCAAGGCUUGGAACAAAUGCGACAUUGAAAUUUCUGACGACUUCGUGCUUAACGACUGCGAAAAUCAAAAGGCGAACUGUUCAAAACUUACCGAAUAUCCUUUUACUGAAGGGGACAUCUACAAGAAGUGCAUGUAUUUGGAAACAUUCCGAGGCUGCUUCGAGGGAGCAACACCGGCAUGUGAGGACAGAAUUGACAUCGCCAGGCUCGUCAACAUGGAGCUGACAAGACUUCAGCAUAACUCCACCUGUGUCGGACUGAUGUAUCCCAUUACUACGACGCCGACGCCGACGCCGAGGCCGAGGCCGACUACAGUCAAGAGUCAAACUGCCACUGCAGCGCCCCCUUCUGGAGUAAAACCAAACAUCGACAACACCAAAUUUGUCGACAUAUACAUAUUCAACGGAAGCAGCAAAUCUGUGGUCUCGGCGACAUCAACGAUUGUGCUGACACUAGUCCUCUACGUCUGGACACGCAUGUAACUCCAAACUCCUUCAAUGAGGAUGCAAACCACAAAAUUCUUUUACUGCAGAUGUAAAGUUUAAAUUUCGUGCACUGCGAUAAAGGAAAUCUCUAAACUUCUGUUCCUUUGUUAACUGUUGGAUUGUCUUUUUUAUUUUAAAUUUUAACCAAUUCAUUCUCCUAGUCUCGCCUUUAACACCGUUUUCGCCUGUAUAUCUCAUUUAAUGUACAUUCGUACAAAAUGUACACUAAAAUAUACGUUCAG